CAAGGAUCAGAGUUCGGGGGCUGAGGGCUCAGACGUUCUUCUCUGCCCUCUCCACCAUGAGGAGAAACCAGCUGCCCACACCAGCUUUUCUUUUACUGUUCCUGCUUCUUCCCAGAGAUGCCACCACAGCUACUGCAAAACCACAAUAUGUGGUGCUGGUCCCGUCAGAGGUCUAUUCAGGAGUCCCUGAAAAGGCCUGUGUCAGCCUCAACCAUGUGAAUGAGACUGUGAUGCUCAGCUUAACUCUAGAGUAUGCAAUGCAGCAAACGAAGCUCCUCACAGACCAGGCUGUGGAUAAGGACUCCUUCUACUGCAGCCCCUUCACGAUCUCAGGUUCACCUUUACCCUACACAUUCAUUACUGUGGAGAUAAAAGGACCAACGCAGCGCUUCAUAAAGAAGAAGUCAAUACAAAUAAUAAAAGCUGAGAGCCCAGUCUUUGUCCAGACAGACAAACCCAUAUACAAACCAGGACAGAUAGUGAAAUUCCGAGUUGUUUCUGUGGACAUCAGUUUUCGCCCGUUGAAUGAAACGUUCCCUGUCGUUUAUAUUGAGACUCCCAAGAGGAACCGAAUUUUUCAAUGGCAAAAUAUCCAUCUGGCAGGAGGACUCCACCAGCUCUCUUUCCCACUGUCUGUUGAGCCAGCUCUGGGUAUCUACAAGGUUGUAGUGCAGAAGGACUCAGGGAAGAAAAUAGAACACUCCUUUGAGGUGAAGGAAUACGUUUUACCCAAAUUUGAGGUGAUAAUAAAAAUGCAGAAGACUAUGGCUUUCCUGGAAGAGGAACUUCCUAUAACUGCUUGUGGCGUAUACACAUAUGGAAAGCCUGUUCCCGGUCUGGUGACAUUGAGAGUGUGCAGAAAAUAUUCACGAUACCGCUCCACCUGCCAUAACCAAAACUCAAUGAGUAUCUGUGAAGAAUUCAGCCAACAGGCAGAUGAUAAAGGAUGUUUCAGACAAGUUGUAAAAACCAAAGUAUUCCAGCUCAGACAAAAAGGCCACGACAUGAAGAUAGAGGUGGAAGCCAAAAUCAAAGAGGAAGGAACAGGAAUAGAACUAACUGGUAUUGGAUCAUGUGAAAUAGCAAAUGCCUUAAGCAAACUGAAAUUUACUAAAGUAAAUACAAAUUACAGGCCUGGGCUACCUUUCUCUGGACAGGUUCUUCUUGUUGAUGAGAAGGGUAAACCAAUCCCCAACAAAAACAUAACUUCCGUCGUGUCUCCACUUGGGUACCUGUCCAUUUUUACUACGGAUGAGCAUGGCUUGGCUAACAUUUCCAUUGACACUUCCAACUUCACAGCUCCGUUUUUGAGAGUUGUGGUCACCUACAAGCAGAACCAUGUCUGCUAUGAUAACUGGUGGCUUGAUGAAUUUCACACACAGGCAGACCAUUCUGCAACUCUAGUCUUUUCUCCAAGCCAGAGUUAUAUUCAACUUGAACUUGUUUUUGGUACUUUGGCCUGUGGGCAAACUCAGGAGAUUCGGAUACACUACCUCUUGAAUGAAGAUAUCAUGAAGAAUGAAAAAGACUUAACCUUUUACUAUCUGAUCAAAGCAAGGGGAAGCAUCUUCAACUUAGGAAGCCAUGUGUUGUCGCUUGAACAAGGAAACAUGAAAGGAGUCUUUUCCCUCCCAAUUCAAGUGGAGCCAGGCAUGGCUCCCGAGGCUCAGCUGCUCAUUUAUGCUAUUUUACCUAAUGAAGAACUUGUCGCUGAUGCUCAGAAUUUUGAAAUCGAGAAGUGUUUUGCCAACAAGGUAAAUUUGAGUUUCCCAUCAGCACAGAGCCUGCCAGCCUCUGACACCCACCUGAAGGUCAAAGCCGCGCCUCUGUCCCUCUGUGCCCUCACUGCAGUAGACCAGAGUGUGCUGCUACUGAAGCCCGAAGCCAAGCUCUCACCUCAGUCAAUCUACAAUUUGCUGCCAGGAAAGACUGUCCAGGGUGCCUUCUUUGGUGUCCCAGUGUACAAAGACCAUGAGAACUGCAUCAGCGGAGAAGACAUCACUCACAAUGGGAUCGUGUACACGCCAAAGCACUCUCUGGGCGAUAAUGAUGCACACAGCAUUUUUCAGUCUGUAGGAAUAAAUAUUUUUACCAACUCCAAAAUCCACAAACCACGCUUUUGUCAAGAGUUUCAACACUAUCCGGCAAUGGGAGGAGUGGCACCUCAAGCCUUAGCUGUGGCUGCUUCAGGCCCAGGAUCCAGCUUCAGAGCAAUGGGCGUGCCGAUGAUGGGGUUGGACUACUCUGAUGAAAUUAAUCAGGUGGUGGAAGUAAGAGAGACAGUGCGGAAGUACUUCCCUGAGACCUGGAUCUGGGACCUGGUGCCACUGGACGUAUCCGGGGACGGUGAAUUGGCGGUAAAGGUCCCCGACACCAUCACUGAGUGGAAGGCCAGUGCAUUCUGCUUGUCUGGAACCACUGGCCUUGGCCUCUCCUCCACCAUCUCCCUUCAAGCCUUCCAGCCCUUCUUCUUGGAGCUCACUCUCCCAUACUCUGUGGUGCGAGGGGAAGCCUUUACCCUCAAAGCCACCGUGCUCAAUUACAUGUCUCACUGCAUUCAGAUCCGAGUGGACCUAGAGAUUUCUCCUGAUUUCCUGGCAGUCCCAGUGGGGGGCCAUGAAAACUCUCAUUGCAUCUGUGGAAAUGAAAGGAAAACCGUGUCCUGGGCUGUGACCCCAAAGUCGCUGGGGGAGGUGAACUUCACAGCUACCGCAGAAGCCUUGCAGUCUCCAGAAUUGUGUGGCAAUAAGUUGACAGAAGUGCCAGCCCUUGUACACAAGGACACUGUGGUGAAGUCCGUAAUAGUUGAGCCUGAAGGAAUUGAGAAGGAGCAAACGUACAACACACUGUUAUGCCCACAAGAUACUGAGUUACAAGAUAAUUGGUCACUGGAGCUUCCACCCAAUGUGGUUGAAGGAUCUGCCAGGGCUACACAUUCCGUUUUGGGUGAUAUACUGGGCUCUGCAAUGCAAAACCUCCAGAAUCUUCUCCAGAUGCCCUAUGGCUGUGGGGAACAAAACAUGGUCCUUUUUGUCCCUAACAUCUAUGUUCUGAACUAUCUGAACGAGACACAGCAGCUGACAGAGGCGAUCAAGUCCAAAGCCAUUAACUACCUCAUCAGUGGGUACCAGAGGCAGCUGAACUAUCAGCACAGUGAUGGCUCGUACAGCACAUUCGGGAACCAUGGUGGUGGCAACACUCCGGGAAAUACUUGGCUCACUGCGUUUGUGCUCAAGGCCUUUGCUCAAGCUCAGUCGCACAUCUUUAUAGAGAAGACACACAUCACAAAUGCUUUCAACUGGCUCUCCAUGAAACAAAAGGAGAAUGGCUGUUUCCAACAGUCUGGAUAUCUGCUUAACAAUGCGAUGAAGGGUGGUGUGGAUGAUGAAGUGACUCUCUCUGCCUACAUCACCAUUGCUCUGCUGGAGAUGCCUCUGCCUGUCACGCACAGUGCUGUGCGAAAUGCUCUAUUUUGCCUGGAAACGGCCUGGGCCUCCAUCUCACAGAGCCAGGAAAGUCAUGUCUAUACCAAGGCAUUGCUGGCCUAUGCCUUCGCCCUGGCAGGAAACAAGGCCAAGAGAAGCGAACUGCUUGAAUCCCUAAACAAAGAUGCUGUGAAGGAAGAGGAUUCGCUGCACUGGCAACGCCCUGGGGAUGUUCAGAAAGUGAAGGCCUUAUCUUUCUAUCAACCUCGGGCCCCUUCUGCCGAAGUGGAGAUGACAGCUUACGUGCUUCUCGCCUAUCUAACCUCUGAGUCUUCCCGGCCCACACGGGACCUGUCUUCAUCAGACCUGUCCACAGCAUCCAAGAUUGUGAAGUGGAUCAGCAAGCAACAAAACUCCCACGGGGGCUUCUCCUCCACUCAGGAUACAGUGGUGGCUCUCCAAGCCCUCUCCAAAUAUGGAGCUGCCACUUUUACGAGAAGUCAGAAAGAAGUGUUGGUCACCAUCGAGUCUUCAGGGACCUUCUCUAAGACUUUCCAUGUUAACAGUGGCAAUCGCCUGCUGCUGCAGGAAGUCAGGCUGCCAGAUCUGCCCGGAAAUUACGUCACCAAAGGGUCAGGAUCAGGAUGUGUGUACCUUCAGACAUCUCUAAAGUACAACAUCCUCCCAGUGGCAGAUGGAAAAGCACCCUUCGCUCUGCAAGUCAACACUCUCCCCCUAAACUUUGACAAGGCAGGAGAUCACAGAACAUUCCAGAUUCGCAUCAACGUAAGCUACACUGGAGAACGACCCAGCUCCAACAUGGUCAUUGUUGAUGUGAAGAUGGUAUCAGGCUUCAUACCUAUGAAGCCAUCCGUGAAAAAGCUCCAAGACCAGCCUAACAUUCAGAGGACUGAAGUGAACACCAACCAUGUUCUAAUCUACAUUGAAAAGCUAACCAAUCAAACCCUCGGUUUCUCCUUCGCGGUGGAACAAGACAUCCCAGUAAAGAACUUAAAACCAGCCCCCAUAAAAGUCUAUGAUUAUUAUGAGACAGAUGAAUUCACCGUUGAAGAAUACAGUGCCCCUUUCAGUGAUGGCUCUGAACAAGGAAAUGCUUAAAAGUCGGAACCUAUAGAUGUCCUCAGAAGGACUCCUCCACACAUGAAGAACCAAGAAGAAAGACAGCAAGAUAAACGGAAGGGAAUUAAAAAACCAUAACAUUUAUAUGUUGAAUAAAGUUAUGACAUUUACAUCUG